UCUCUGCCCAUGGUAUUGGUUCGCGUACAACUGGAGUUGAGGACAAUUUCAGGCUGAAUUAGAGGGAAGAACAUUAAAAGUUACCAAGAUUGCAUAAUACAGAAGCAUUCUUAACAAAAGUUUAGAGAGAAGUGCUGGUAAAAGGAAGCUCUUCUGCUGAACUAACCAUGGCUGGUACCGGUGGUCCAGUGGCCACUUUCUCUGUGUGGGAUUAUGUGGUUUUUGCUGGAACUAUUUUGUUGUCAGCCGGCGUCGGCCUUUUCCAGGCCAUCCGAAGCCGCAAGGACACCAGCAGUGCCGAGUUCUUGCUGGGUGGACGGCAAAUGACAGCUGUGCCAGUUGCCAUGUCGCUCACAGCCAGCUUCAUGUCUGGCAUCACGGUCAUUGGCACACCUAAUGAGGCCUACCAGUUUGGAGCAGCCUUCUGGCUCUUCGGCUUCUCCUAUGCUAUCAUGUCGAUGAUCACUGCUGAGAUCUUUGUCCCGCUUUUCUACAGACUGGGGAUCACCAGCGCCUAUGAGUACCUGGAGCUGCGCUUCAGCCGGCCCAUUCGGUUAAUUGGAACAUCAAUGUACAUCAUUCAGACGGCCCUGUACACCGGCAUGGUCAUCUACGCUCCAGCUCUUGCACUAAAUCAAAUCACAGGACUUAAUCUAUGGGGAGUGCUGGUGGCUACAGGAGCAGUAUGCAUCGUCUACUGCACUUUGGGAGGCCUGAAAGCAGUAAUCUGGACAGACGUCAUGCAGAUGGUGAUCAUGCUGGCAGGUUUUGUGGCAGUUAUAGCUCGAGGAGCUGUACUGCAGGGAGGCCUGACUAAGAUUUGGGAAGAUGCGGGUCAAGGAGGCCGACUAGAUGCGUUUGAUUUUGACCCAGAUCCUCUGAAGCGACACACUUUCUGGACUAUCGUAAUCGGUGGCAGCGUCAUGUGGGUGUCCAUCUACUCAAUCAACCAGUCCCAGGUGCAACGCUACAUCUCCUGCAAAACCUUGAGACAUGCCAAGAUGUCUUUGUAUGUGAACAUGCUUGGCUUGUGGCUAACUGUGAGUCUGGCUGUGUUUUCUGGCCUCACCAUGUAUUCCAUUUACAAGAACUGUGACCCACUUGCAAACGGUGAUAUAAGCACGUCUGAUCAGAUGCUGCCGUACCUGGUGAUGGAUAUUCUGGCUGCCUACCCUGGAAUCCCUGGCUUGUUUGUGGCUGCUGCAUACAGCGGUACCCUCAGCACGGUGUCUUCCAGCAUUAAUGCCCUUGUUGCUGUCACUGUGGAAGACUUUAUUUUUCCGGUGUGCAAAAACCUCACAGAGAAACAGGUGAUCUGGAUGAACAUGGGCCUGAGUGUAUUCUUUGGUUGCGUGUGUAUUGGGAUGGCUGGAGUUGCUUCAGCAUUGGGGAGCAUUUUGCAGGCAGCUCUGUCCAUAUUUGGUAUGAUCAGCGGGCCUCUUCUUGGUCUUUACCUGUUAGGCAUGCUAUUCCGCACAUCAAAUUCAAUAGGAGGACUUGUUGGAAUGAUCACUGGUCUGGUGUUGACUCUGUGGGUGGGGAUUGCAGGCCAAAUUUACCCACCAACAGCUGAAAAGACAAAUCCUCUCCAAGUCAGCACUGCGGGCUGCAACAGCACAAUGGGCCAAAACUACACAACGACAGCUCCGUGGACCAGUCCAGUGACUCUGACCUCGCAGCCUGAUGUGAGGCCACCUCUGGCAGACUCCUGGUACUCUCUGUCCUACCUCUACUUUUGUCUCUUGGGUACACUGAGCACAAUGGUGAUUGGCCUGCUGGUGAGCGCGAUCACAGGUGGAUGCAAGCAAGAAAGAAUUAACCCUGAUCUGUUUGUGAAGGCGAGCGACCUGAUCUGCUUCAGCUGCUGUAGUAAAUCAGAGGCAUCAGAAGUCACAGAAAAGUUUGCAACAGACUUUCAUAUAGAAGCUGACAACUCCACAUUUACAGACUUUGACGUGAAGAGCAAAGAUGUUGAAAAAGCCACCAAACUGUAACGCUGCCAUAUCGAUACAUAUUUCCUUCAUGGAGACAUUUUAAUGUGAUUUUUUAUUAUAAUAAAUAUAUAAAUGACAAGUCCUAAAUGUUUUGCUGCUAUAUCGUUGUGGUGAUUUUGAUUUUCAAAAGCAAUUAUUCAUUACCGGUAUGUGCCUAUUUAUGUUGAUAUGACUUAUGAUGUGUUUUCAACAUGUUGCUUAAAUAACGCCACCACAUAUUUUGUCACACUAUGAUUGAGCUGCCGCCAUUUCCUGUUAAUCAGUGAACUUUACUUUUAUUGCCCUUUGUUCAAUUCUUCUCCCUAAUGGUGACUGCAAGCUCUAUAUUCUCUACCUGAACAUUGUCCUCCUUCAUUUCCUGCUGACACUGGAGUACUGUGUGAUAUUUUACAAUAUGUAUGAUGACAAGACACUAUUGUAAGAACAAUGGCCAUUUGUUUUUGAGUAUUGUUAUGUAGAUGGUUAUUUUUUUAUAUGUUAAUUGUGCAAUCUUUAUGAAU